CAAGGAAAAGUUAAUCCGAAUUCAGACUCAAAAAUCGCAACUGUUUCUCCGUGGACCUCUUCGAUUGACAAAGUGAGAUUACAGAUACCUCGUAGAGCAAUGACCUGUUCAAUAUCUAGUUCUUGCAAGAAAUCCAAUUAGGAUGAAGGAUUUGGAUGGAGAUAAUCUGGUUUCAAUUAAUUAGACUUGAAUUUGAUAGUCUAGCUUAGGUUGAGUCUGAUUGCAUGUCAUUAAAGAUAAGAGUAUACGAGUUUCUGUCAACUCUUUUUCUCUUGCUCAGUUAAGCUAAUGUACGGUAGCGCUAGUGAAUUAAAUAUUCUGCGGCAGUUCAAUCCAAUCUAAUUUGAUCCUUACUAAUUAAUCUUAGCCUGACAUGGAAUAAUUUUUACCUAUCUCGUCUCAAUUAGUCUAAUUAAGAACGGCUAUAUUCAUCCGCGUGAAUUAGCAAGCUGAGACUUCGAGAGUGAAAAAGCGAGUUGAUAAAAACUCGUAUAAUCUUUACCAAAGACUGAUUACUUCAAUAUCUGAAAUGAGAUGUAAUUGACACAAUGAACUCCAUUCAGUCAUUAAAUUGUUACUAACAUUUUCAACCGAUAGACUUCACUAGUCAUUACAACCUGCUACAAGUGACUUGGCGGUGGCGCUUCAAAAGCUAUUCAACGACCAGAAGCAAUGAAAAUUAAUGAACCAAAAACUUGAGCUUGCGUAAAGUAAAAUGAAUAUAACAUUUUAUCGUUUUAAAUCACAUAAUGUACAAAAACUUGUACAAUACAUCGUCCUUAUUUUUACAUAGUUUGUUUUACUUGUUUUCAAUUUGAUUCAACAGUAACAAUUUACUAAUUACUUUUUGCUCGGAUUACAACUCAUCUAACUACAUAUGCUUGAAACAAUCUCACAUUUAGUUGAUUGUUAAAGUAAGUGUAUUGCUCGCAGGAACUCCGUUACCAUCUAAAAAUGACGGCAGCCAACCUUUCUAACAGUAUUGAGCCUUUUGAAGAUCAAGUGGUUAACUACCCACCUCCACCUCCACCACCUCCAUCCUCGAUGCACCACACCGGUCAUCCAGUGAAUCCAUCUGAAAAUCACAGCAUCCACCGUUUAUCACCCAAUGGAAGUCAAACUUACUCCUUCCACCGUAAAUAUGGACCAAGAAAAAAAUCAUUCAUCGGAUUUGAUGCAUACCUUGUUUCUGCAGACAUCGUAGAGGACACAAGGAUUUGUGCGAUAAUGCUUAAGUUCCUCUCGUUGGCCAUUAUUGCUGUUACCUUGCCCUUUUCAUUAUUUUUUUGCAUCAAGGUUGUCCAGGAAUACGAAAGAGCUGUUAUAUUUCGUUUAGGUCGAUUGGUUACCGGAGGUGCUCGAGGUCCCGGAAUUUUUUUCAUAAUUCCCUGCAUUGAUACAUAUUCCAAGGUUGAUUUAAGAACAGUUUCAUUUGAUGUUCCUCCUCAAGAGAUACUUUCUAAAGAUUCUGUGACAGUGGCAGUUGAUGCUGUUGUCUAUUUCCGUAUUAAUAAUGCCAUUGCUUCCGUAUCAAAUGUUGAAGAUUAUGCUCGUUCAACUAGACUUUUAGCAGCCACAACCCUUCGUAAUGUCCUGGGUACCAAAAAUUUAUCUGAAAUAUUAAGUGAACGUGAAUCAAUUAGUCACAUGAUACAGUCAAGUUUAGAUGAAGCAACUGAAUCAUGGGGAGUAAAAGUGGAAAGAGUUGAAAUCAAAGACGUCCGAUUACCUGUUUUAUUGCAACGUGCUAUGGCAGCUGAAGCUGAGGCAACUCGGGAAGCUCGUGCUAAAGUGAUUGCUGCUGAAGGUGAACAAAGAGCUUCUCGAGCGUUAAAGGAAGCUGCUGAGGUUAUUGCUGAUUCACCGGCAGCAUUACAACUUCGCUAUCUUCAAACACUGUCCUCGAUUGCUGCGGAAAAUAAUUCAACAAUUGUGUUUCCAGUUCCAAUGGAGUUGUUUAGAGGAUUUAUUGUUAACCAUCAAAUUAUUAAACAAAAAGGACCCAAUCAUCCGCCUGAAAUAUCACCGAAGGAAUAAUUAAACAAGCUAAUGAUGCUAUUUAACAACCCAUUACCAGAUACAAUACCGAUGUGUAUGUGCCUUCUUUCAAACUCCCAGAUUACAAUGGUGACAACCUGAACGAUAAACAAGAGCAAUUACAACAAUCAAUUUUCUUGAAGGGAUAUUUAUUUGUUGAUCACUUGAUGUCAAACAAUCAAUUACAUGAAAUUUUUUCAUCUUACAGGUUAGAUUGCUAUGUGAACAAUCUAACCAUUGCGGUUGGCCAGAGGAGAUUGGUAAUCCAAAUAGUCUCGAUUAAUGGUUCUGAAGAUGGAAAUUUUUAACACAAUUGAAAUAAUCUUUGAUAUGUCUUGUUAAUGUAACCUAUUUGAUCUCGUUCUCAACUUUAAAACCAAAUUUACAUUAACAAUUGUAUUUCGGUGUUAUCCUGGGUCAAGAAAAGAACCAUUGAUUGACCAGCAACUGCCAAGCAACAUUAUUCUCACCUUCAAUCACUUUUGACUUUGGUGGACCAACUGUCCAUUUAAUUGUAAACCAUUUAUGAUGUUAAUUAUGCUAUGAAAACAAAAUUGAAACUCCAUAAAUGAUAACCUUGCAUGAUGAUCUCAAUGCCAAAAUUGUUCACUUCGAAAAACAAAAUGUAAAAGAGUAAAACUGAUUAAAAUGUUAUUAUUACAGAUGUAUGAGAAAUAAACAGUGGAAAACUCAUUUCAUUCCCAA